AUGGCUGCGCCUCGUCAUACAUCCCUGCGCGCUCUGCGCCAGCUUUCUCAGCAACCCAUCGCCGCCCCUGCUCGUCGUGGUCUUCACAUCACUGGCGUUCAGUCUGCUCAGCCCGCCAACCCUGCCGACAAGGCCUCUCUCUAUGCCGCUCGCAGCCUUCCGGACCUCAAAACGGAAUGCCAAAGACGCUCUCUCCGUGCUGCUGGCAGCAAGUCCGAGCUGAUCGAGCGCCUCUCCAACCACGAUGUCCUCCAGUCUCUCAAUCCACUCGCCAAUUCAACACAUCCCGCUCCUCCAAAGCAGUUGGUGACUCCUCCACAGUCGAUCUCAGUCUACAUGCCCAUCAUGUCCGACAUGGAAACCCGCACAUCCCGCCUGGCUCAAAUCCCGGUCCUUUCCGAUCUCUACUCGCACCACGAGUCCACCUCCCCCUCCGCCCCACCCAUGAAGCCCCAGAUCUACACAGUCUCCGGUGCCGGCGUCGUCGCUGCCUCUCCAAUGAGCGAAGUUGUCGACAAUCACUCCGUUGACAUCGACCCAUUCUCACUUACUGAGGCUGUGGAUCGCUCGCGCGUUGGCGAGGAGGUUCAGCGCCGGACUAACGGCAAACAUACCGAGACGGGCAUCAUCAAGGAGCUGUGGACUGGGUUUUUGGAUGAUGUUCUCGGGCCCAAGGAGGUCGCGCGUAAGUAG